AUGUUACUAUUUUCAGGAGAAAGGUCAAAGGAUCAGAGCCAGAUUAAGUGUCAGUUUUCAUCCAAACGAAUGUAGUCCUAACUAUAUUGGCCAAAUACAUUAGUGCAAUGAUUCCUGAAAGUAUAUUUCAGAUGUUUUUGAGCCUGUAGAUAGCGCGUUUAAGCCAUUAGUGAAAUACAUACAUCUAUUUCCCACAUUUUUGGAACUAGAACUGGGAUACGCCCCAUCUACGCAAGAAAUGGACAUUUUGUUUAACUGUGGCGUGCCCACACAUUUUUGUUACGCGCAAUAUUAUUCCAUCGACCGUACGGAUGAAAAACAAAAUAUAAUGGAAACGAUAGAAUUUUACGAAAAGAAGUUGAAACGAGGCGUAAGGAGCACUUAUAUCGAUAUGUGUUGUGGCGAAACGAAAGACUUGGACUUGGCUUUCUUCGGAGAACUUCAGGGUGAAAUAGCAGACUUUAUCAAAAACAGUGAUAUGAAUAGUGAGGUUAGAGAAGAUGAGGGUUCGGAAGAUAUUUCGAAAAUGUACAAGGAGCUGGAGGACUUGAAGAGAGAAACUGCAGAAAAAGUACAGCAGGAUCUGGCACUUGCUGAGGAUAUCAUGAGGGAGUUAGAUAUUAUAAAAUGUGAGGCAGAAGAGGAUGGCGCUGGACCGUUGGUUUGUGAAUCUGAGGAGAUUGACGAAGAGAGUUCUGAAUCGACAGUGAAUAGUGCAGAAUUAACAGGCAGUCGUCCCGAGGACCAAGAAGUUUCCGAAAAAACGAAAUUCACGGAUUCGGGGUAGUUAGUUUACCUGGCGUAGAAGAGAACAUACGAAAUGUUGAUGAAGUGCAUAGUAUUACUGGUAGUAAGAGCACAAAUCCGUUUUUAUCUGGUAUGCAUGAAGAAUCUGAAGAAGACAAUGGGCCGUCGGUGCUGAAUCCGAAUAACCCGUUCUUGUCGUACAUAGUAGGUUCUCGACCAUCAUCUAAUAAUAGUAGUGAGUCUACCUCUUAUGAAAGUUGCGUUGAGGAAGUUACGGUUGAACAAAAAUGGAUGGAUGAAAACAAAGAGGUCACUAUUGAACAGCGGUGGUUGAGCAGUGAUAACGAUGUUGUGCGAUUGGUGGAAUCUGUUUCAAUAACCAAUGCUACGGAUACUUCACAGGCGUCGACGGCAACACCGGAAAAAAGUUGUGGUUGUGCCAUCCAGACAAGCGAGAACGCAACUGGGCCUCUCAUUCCGCAUCAGGGUCCUCCCAUCCCUCCCAGUUUACCUUAUGGGGGUUACCAGCCACCCCAACAUUAUGGAGGUUAUCAACCUUGGUCGACUGCUUCAGAUUGUGCUCCAUUUGGGUACGGUCCCCGCUGUCCAGCACCAAGCUACGGUUAUCCUGACUAUAAUCCCAUGCAACCUUGGAUGAUGCAAAUGCUAUGGAGCAGGAUGCAGUUCAGAUCACAAGUAAGCUGUACCUCAGUGAAAAGUUUAUGCAAAAAAUACUCCCAUCAGUGACGAGACGCCUAUGUGGUGGACGACAUUUGUUCGUUUCAUGUCAUUUUGAGAUGCUUAGGAAGUUAUUUUUCCUCUGCUGAUGUAGAUGCGGCACACAGCAUACGAGAAGCUGCUGGUCGCGGCGGAGAUGUCGCAGAAUAUAACAUACAUUGAAC